AUCUGACGAUGGUGGACUGUCUGACGCGCAGGUGACGUCGAGGUGACAGAGGAGUCAAGAUGCGGCAUCGCAGACAGCUUCAUGAGAUGUGUUGAUGAUGUUCCUUCUCAUCAGCCCGUGUCCCUUUGAUGGAAAGGUAGGUAACCGUGACGGGAACUCUCAUAAACGCGUAUCGAGUAUUGCGCGAACUCCAGCACCAUGGCGACCGAAAGCGAGAAGCCGACCAUGUCCCAUUCCACCCCAUGGGAGGUGAGGGUACAGGACCGUCCUGGUUCCAGCGUGGAAGAAGUGAAUCGCGAACCGGAUUGGGAGGCCAACCAUUCGCACCGGAUUGGAUUCGUCAAUCGAGAUGACCGGCGUCCGGGACUCACGCACCCACGCGAAGAAUAUGCUGAAGAGAUCGAGGAGGCCCGGAAACAGCUGGAGGAAAUGAGGAGCAAGGUCGACAUGGGCGAAUUGGUCAACUUUCGCGAUAUCAUCCAGUCCCAGCGAGACUUCCACAUCAAGUAUCCCGAGGAGAGGCCGCUGGGUUGGCGAUAUGUGUUGAACACGACCGAGGAUUGGGUCAAGAACAAAGAACAGUGGCCUGCAAACAUGCAGCAACACCAGAAGCAGGAGCAGGAUCUGGCCAAGACCAAGACCAAGCAGCAGGACAAGCGGGAGACAGGCGGAGGAAAGUGCCCUCAGGCAGGUCAGGCGGUGUUGCGGGAAAGCAUGCCCGAGUUUGAGUGGAGAGCCGAUAACAACCUGAAGGAGAAACACCAGGAAGCACGCCAUAUCGACCGGGCCACCUCCGAGUCCAGAGGGAAAGAGCGCGGGCAUGAGGGUGGGAAGGAACAAACUGGCAGCCCCAACGUCCACUUUACCCCGCAGGAACUCUCUCUCCUCCACAGCCUCGAGCACGAGAAAGACGUCGUUUCCCAAUUGAAGCAGAACGAUGGCAAGGGCAAGUCUCCCCAAACCCACAACCGCUCCUCCAUCGCCAUCGACGAGCAAGACCAGUAUACCCCCGACAACUGGCUCCCACGAUGUCCCGAUCUCAUCCGCAUCGGCGGCAAGCACCCCAUGAACGCCGAACCCCCCCUCUCCCGCCUGUUUGACGGCGGCCUGAUCACCCCCAACGAGCUGCACUACGUACGCAACCACGGCCCCGUCCCGCGCCUGAUGUGGGAGUUCCACAAGCUCGACAUCGAAUAUGGCGGCAGAAAGCUCUCGCUGAGCAUGAACGAGCUCAAGAACCGCUACCGCGAGUCCGUCAUCAACAUCCCCAUCACCAUGGCCUGCACUGGCAAUAGACGCAAGGAGCUGAACCUGAUUCGCAAGAGCAAGGGCUUGAAUAACGGCGCUGCGACAGUGGGCACGGCGUACUGGAAGGGACCCCUCCUCCGCGAUGUCUUGAUAUCCGCCGGGGUGCCCAAGGCCUUUGCCAGGAGAAAGAACCUCAAGACAAGGGGCAUGAGACACUGGGUCAACUUUGCCGGUGCAGAUAUGCCGAGCGAGGGCCCCUACGAGACCUCCAUCCCGUUCGACUACGUCAUGGAUCCCGCCAACGACGUGAUUCUCGCCAUGGAGAUGAACGAUCUUCCUCUUCCUGCCGACUACGGAUACCCCGUCCGAGUCAUGAUCCCGGGCUACAUCGGUGGACGAUGUGUCAAGUGGCUUCGUCGAGUAUGGAUUUCCUCCGAGGAAAACAAGAGCUACUACCAUACUUGGGACAAUAGGCUUAUGCCCUCCUUCGUCACCGAGAAGGAUGGUAGGUUUGCAGAGGCCCUGUUUCACAAUCCCAGCACCGCCUGUUAUGAAAACAACCUCAACUCGGUCAUCGCCAAGCCUGCCCAGGGGGAGACCCUAGCUCUGAGCGAUAUUAAGAGUGGCAAGAGUUACCGUAUCGCUGGAUUUGCAUACGAUGGCGGUGGCCGCGAGGUGCAGAGAGUCGAAGUCUCCCUCGACGGUGGUGAGAACUGGCUACACGCCACUCGCGAAUUUCCCAAUUCACCCCUUCGACAUGGAAACAAGUUCUGGGCUUGGAUCCACUGGCACCUCGACGUCGACAUCUCACAUCUCGUCCGAGCCAAGAGCAUCACAGUCCGCGCCUUCAACGCGUCCAAAACGACACAGCCAGAGAAGCCAACAUGGAAUCUCCUGGGCAUGAUGAAUAAUUCCUGGUACAUUGUCAAGCCCGAAAUCAUCACGUCCGUUGGUCAAGGGCCCGCUAUUUCUUUCCGUCAUCCGACCGAGGCUGGCCCUACCGCUGGUGGGUGGAUGAAGCCGUCGAUGGAAGUGCUAAUGCAAGAGGCCAAGCAUCAGGGAGGCGCACCGGAAAAGCAGUUUACCCGUGGGGAGAUUGAGAAACACAACAAGUAUGAAGACUGCUGGCUAGUCAUCGACAACAAGGUGUACGACGCUACUAGCGUUCUGAACUGGCAUCCUGGUGGUAGAGCCGCCAUCUUAGCGCAUGCAGGCAAGUGUCACCAAGAGACCACGAACGAGUUCGUCAGCAUCCACGAUGACCUUGCUUGGAAGAAGCUACAUGAAUGCAUCCUCGGCCGCGUUACCGACAAGACCGCCAAGUUCAUCAGAGAGAGCGCGGAAGCAGCAGCAAAGGAGGAAGCAGAGCAAUCCCAAGACCAGAAAAAUCUUGCCCUUCAAAGACGACGCUGGGUUCCCGUCAAGCUCAUCAACAGACGGCAAGUCUCACCCGAUACAAACACAUAUACCUUCCGGCUUCCCGAAGGAAAGGCUGUUCUCGGCCUGGGUACCUGCCAGCACCUCCAGAUAGGCUUCCACCUCCGAGACAAGAUGCUUAUCCGGCAAUACACUCCCACUCGACCACUCCUACCAGCCCAAGACAGUCAGGGUCAUGGUGACGAAUUUUCGGAAAAACACGAUCACAAGCCCCCGAAGCAUCAUGUACACACCGGCGCCCAUCGCCAUCAAGACAAGCAGCGCGCUUCUCGACAAUCCGAGGUCACGGAAGAAGCAACCAACUGUUCUCUAAUGGACGGCCAGUCUGGAACAUUUGACUUGACGGUAAAGACCUAUUUCCCUUCCCCCUCGCAACCAGGCGGCGCACUAUCCAAUAUCCUUGACUGCCUUCCCCUCGGCUCUGAAGUUGAGAUCCGUGGGCCAACAGGUGACAUCAUCUACCACGGAAACGGCCACUUCUCCAUCGAGGGCCGCGACCGACACUUUUCUCGCGUGUCUCUCGUGCUGGGCGGGAGCGGUAUUACGCCUGGCUACGCAUUGAUGGCCAGAAUUCUCAUGACACCGGGUGACCGGACUGAGAUCAGGGUUGUCGACGCAAACAGAACAGAACAAGACAUCCUCCUAAAACAGGAACUGGACAACCUCGAGAAGAAGAGCGGUGGGCAGAUGAAGAUUUGCCAUGUCUUGAGCCAAGCUGGGGAAAGCUGGGAGGGUGAGAGGGGAAAAGUUGAUGCGGGGAUGCUCAAGCGAAGCCUGUUCAAACCAGCGCGUGACAACGUAGCACUGCUGUGUGGGCCGCCGGGGUUGAUUCAGGGGGUUGUGCUGCCGGCGUUGAUAGGAUGGGGAUAUAUUGAAGACCAAAGCCUUUUUGGGUUCUAAGCAAACACUGACCGGCCGGGAACAGUCCUCUUUGUGUCACUUUCUUCUUGACGGAUCAGGUCUGCCCAAUACGGUUUGAAUCUGGCUCGGACUGAUGACAGGUCGCAGGAACUAUUGUUGUCCAGCCUGUGUACGUCAGGAUUUCAGCCAAUGGUAAUUCAUGCAAUCCAAACCCACUGUUUUUGUACCUCAAGCUACUUCGAGAGACUAACAUCAAGACCAUGCUGUAACUGCUUGAUUUGAGGCAAUCACCG